UAUGUCGUCACUUUCCUGCGCCAGAUAUAGGGAUAUACAUAUAUAUUCUAUCCAGACCGGCGACACGAGGAUAUUACAGCAACUCUAGCACGAGUUUUAUGUGGUAUUACCCGCCUUUGCAAUGCCUGAAACAUGGUUUUAUCCCACAGUCCUGUUGUGUAUAUAUGGAUUUUUCUCCAGUCUCAGACCGUCAGAGCCUUUCCUCACCGCGUUCCUCAUGGGACCUGAUAAAAACCUGACCGAGAGAGAGGUUGUGAAUGAGAUCUACCCAGUAUGGACAUAUUCGUAUCUGAUCUUACUGUUUCCUGUAUUCCUGGCUACGGAUUACCUCCGUUACAAGCCCGUGCUCAUCCUUCAGGCAGCCAGCUACAUCAUCACUUACGCAAUGCUGCUGAAAGCUCAGGGUGUGCUGGCCAUUCAGGUUCUGGAGUUUUUCUAUGGUCUGGCUACAGCCACCGAGAUCGCUUACUACUCCUACAUCUACAGCGUGGUUGAACCGUCCAGUUAUCAGAAAGUGACUGGGUUCUGCCGCAGUGCGACUCUUCUGGGGUCAGCUGUAGGAUCACUCAUUGGACAGAUAUUGUUUUCAGAGGUUCAUGUUUCAUUGCUUACGCUCAGCAUCAUCACACUGUCCUCAUCCUGCUUGGCAUUCCUGGCACCAUGGUUUUUGCCUAUGCCCAGCAAGAGCCUGUUUUUCCACCAGAGAGAACGCGAACGUCAGGACAACACUGCACAGGAGCUCGCUGACAAGUCAGAGGACCACCAGAGCAAAGUGCCACUUGGUGUGAAUGAAGACAGCGUGAUUUUGAAGGAGAGACGUGGUGGCACUGGAGGUCUUGUCGGGGUCCUGAAAACUCUUGGAGCAGAUUUUGUGAAGUGUUAUUCAUGCCGCACUCUUCUGGCCUGGUCGGUGUGGUGGGCUCUGACUACCUGUGGCUACUUCCAAGUGGUCAAUUACGCCCAGGCCCUGUGGGAGAACAUCCUGUCUUCAAAAGAUUUUGUGAUCUAUAAUGGUUAUGUUGAGACCAUAUCUACUUUGCUUGGUGCCUUUGCUGCUUUCAGUGUAGGAUUGGUUAAGGUGUCGUGGGCAGUGUGGGGCGAACUCGCGCUCUGCGUUUUCUCCAUUGUCAUCGCUCUUUCUGUGUAUGUCAUGGACACGGUCAGGAACAUCUGGGUCUGUUACACCUCUUACGUGAUCUUCCGAACCGCCUACAUGCUGCUCAUCACUAUAGCAACGUACCAGAUUGCAGCCAAUCUAAGUAUGAAGAGAUAUGCCUUAGUGUUUGGCGUGAACACGUUCGUGGCAUUGUUGCUGCAAACACUGCUUACUGUGAUUGUGGUCGACCCUGUCGGCCUGGGCCUCGAUCUGUUUCCCCAGUUCCUGAUCUAUGGUAGUUACUUUGCUGCAAUUGCAGUGAUCUUCCUCAUUGCUGGGUUAUAUAAAGUGACUACACGUAGCAGUGCUGCUGCUCCCGAAGUACAAUCUGAGAGCGCAGAGAGUGAAACCGACCCAUCCGGUGCAGAGACUCCCAGCCCCAAAGACAACAGUAUUAUUUAAGGCAUUGUGAAGAAUUUGAGCACUUCUCAUUCAAACUUGGUUAUUUACUAAAGUAAUGAUGUAUUGUAAAAGCACUGGUCAUCUGCCGAGUGUAUGCUCGAGCCUAGAACAAGGUGUUUCCGUUUAGUUUUCUUUGAGCAUGGAACAGAGGUUGGUUCUGUGUGUAGUUUCGCAGCAUUGAUGAAGCAAACACCUGUACAACUAUGGUUCGUGGUUAUACAAGGUGUCUCAAAAGUCUUCAUACACAGGGGACUGUGUAUACCAGCACCACGUCAGUCGUGCUUUCAUCUAUUGAUGUUUGUGGGCGUUCACUUCCCAGUUGGUCUGCAACACUUCCGGCUUUUGUGAAUUUGUUAAUAAGUUUAGCAACAGUGUCGUCUGAUGUGCUUGCCAAUGUUUCCUGUUAAAGUCCACUGCAACCGUCCUGAUCCAGCCAUGAGAAUGAUUUCAGCAAAAAAAGACUGAGUAUGAAAAAUUUCGGAAGACAUUUUUUGCUAAAAUGUGUUAAUUUCCCCUAUGUAUUGGAGACUUUUGGGACACCCUGUAGUUGUAAGAGCGAAACAAGACCACAAAGAUAUGCAACCAAAAACUAUAACCAAAUAGACAUGGAAUGUAGACAAGAUAAGAGUGUUUGAUCUUAUCUAUGAACACUACUGUAAGUACAUUAAUGCUGUGUAGAGGAGGUCACCACCGGCGAACCGCAGUUCCACUACCGGGUUUAGACGGGGGUGAGUUUUCGUUGACUUUCACAAAUUUUAGCUUUGUAUUUAAUCUCUCUGGACCGCCGAGUGAAGUGAAUAUAUGUCUUGUGUGCCAAAAAAAAAAAGAAGAGGAAAAUCGAAUGAAAUUUAAAAGUCGAAUUUACAGAACCUCUUCAAGAUGCUUCAGGCUCAAAACUGAUAUACCAUGUCUUCAGAGUCUGUGGCCAAAAGUGGUGACAGAAGCGGCAUUGUGAAACACCACACCUUCAAAUGGUCUUAUACAUGGUGAUUUUAAAAAAGUGACCACUUGUUGAACAAUAGAACGCUGUAACUCUUGAUAUUUGUUGCUAAUCAUUGUGGAGAACUGAAGGACCUCUGUCCAUGCUGCUCCAAAUUCCAUAUGGUAGCCAUUACUACCAGAUUACAGUAUUAUUCGGAAAAGAAAACUGUAAAGGAAAAUGUUGCCAGUAAGAGUUGAAUCCCCCUUGAAUUAACUAAUGGUUAAGCAUCAGAAGGUAACUUUUGUCACCAUUCGAUCAUGUUCGUUGCUUAUCUGAACCUUCUUUUAUAUAAGGAAGGAAUUUUAUGAAACUGGACCUUCACAUACAGUACUGUCCAAAAGUCUUGGGUACAUGCAAAGAAAAAAAAAAACCAAAGCUGCCUUGAAAAAUAAUUUUAAAAAAUUUCUACGUUCUAAGAAAUGGGGCCCUUAAGACUUUUGCACAGUACUGUAUUUCAGUUGAGUUGCGCUGCUGUAGAGUAUAACCGAGUUGCUUCCAGAAUAGUUUAUUAAAAAAUAUUUUAUUAUUUUUAUUCCUGUAUCAUAUUCCAGUAUGACUUUUGGUUGUUUGUUGUUUUUUCCUACGUUGUUUUUGAGGUAAUUGAGAAUGUAGGUCUUUUUAUUUGCAGUCCAGAGAACACAUUUUCAUCGUUGUCUUCUAAUGCUAGAACUGGUAUACUAGCGUACUUCUAAUGCUAUUCUAAUGUACCGAUUGCACUAAUCUCCUGUAAUAGUUAUCUGUUGCCAAUUGGCAAACGAUGACCUCUUACGUGCUGCGAUGCUGCUUUGCAUCAUUUCAGUACUUUAGUUGAAGAUGGGUGUUUUUAUAAAAAAAAAAAAAAAAAAAAUUUAUUUUAAGACAGCUGUUCGCUCUGUAAGAAGCUUCCUUUUAUCAUUCAACAUUCUCUACCUCUUUUCUUUCUUUCUUUCUUUUUUUUUUAAUCACUAACUCGAUGCAAAAUAUGUUGGUAGGUCACACAGAACGUCCUUUGCUCUUAUUUCUCAAGGUUGCAAAAUGAUCUUGUAGUCCUGCUACGGUUACAGGUUUAUACAGGCAGAGAUUAAAAUGAAGUUGCAAUUACUAGUUCAGUUACAGUUAGUUGUUUUCUAUUUAGUUUUCUGUUCAGACACAUUUCUAUGUAGGCAGGUGUCAUUUGAGAUUUGUCAGCUUCAGCUGUGCAGGCUGGAUGAACAGAGAGCUACAUAACAAAUGUAUUGCCUAGUGACGUGACCUCAUCAAGUCUGCCCGUUAACUCUCACUUCUUCUAUUUGCACUCUUACCGUACCUACACGCUGUAGGCAGACGCCAUGUAGUGAGAUUACAUGUUUGCCAUGUAGUGAUACGGUAUAAUAUCCACAUAACCAAAUAAGUUAAACGAUAGCCCCCACCCAUACAAGAUCUGUUUCAAUAAUUUAUUCCUCUUGUCCUUGGUCUGACGGAAUGUAUUCGAAUGUGGAGCGACGGAAGUCAUAAAUACAGCGUAAAGCACUUCACAUUCGAUGGACUAUGUACAAUCAUUGCAGCUACAAAUAGUUAAAAGGUCUUCAAUUAUUAGAGCAAUAAUGUGUAUUUAGGUUAGAUUAUGUAGUACAAAUGCACAUACUCUGACGUUACAUGAAUGAUUAUCAUACCAGCAGCACUUAGAGAGCGCCUAUUACUACGCCUUGGAUUUGUAUGUGAUAGUGAUUUGAUGAUGUUAAUAUACAGAAUUGUAAUUUUGUAAGUGUAGUGUCAUAACAGUGGUCUUGACAACUGUCGGGCUCAAAUUUGUGUGUGAAUAUAUUGAGUUCCUGUCGAAUCAGAGUCGAUUAUUCACUAUUAUAAUAAACAAAUGACAAUCAUAA